AUGGGGGAACAGAACCACUCUCCCGGGAAGGAGCUUCAGCACUGGACGCGAACAGAGGCUCCAGGAAAGAGAAGCUGGCACUCCCAGGCCUACGCCCUUGGGGCCGUUUCCAACUUUAUGUCUACUUUUCUGACUUUUCCUAUAUAUAAGGUUGUGUUCCGGCAACAGAUCCAUGCCGUGGCAGUGUCAGAGGCUAUACGGCAGCUUUGGCAUGAAGGCCCUCAGUACUUUUACCGGGGAAUCUACCCGCCUCUUCUCUCCAAGACGUUGCAAGGGACUCUGCUGUUUGGGACUUACGAUAGCCUACUGUAUUGUCUCUCCCCUGUUGGGCCACACUCCCUGGGACACCGCUGGGCUGCAGGGCUCAUGUCUGGUGUGGUGGAGGCUGUGGCACUUAGCCCCUUUGAAAGGGUGCAAAAUGUGCUCCAAGAUGGUCGCAAACAAGCUCGCUUUCCCAGCACCUUCAGCAUUCUCAAAGAAUUCCACUCUUAUGGGCUGUGGGGGCGGCUGUCGCUGGGUUACUAUCGCGGUUUCUGGCCUGUCCUUCUCAGGAACAGCCUAGGGAGUGCUCUGUAUUUCUCCUUCAAGGAUCCCAUCCAGGAUAGCUUGGCAGAGCAAGGCCUGCCGCACUGGGUUCCUGCCUUGGUGUCUGGGAGUGUCAAUGGAACAAUCACCUGCCUAGUUCUGUAUCCUCUGAUUGUACUAGUUGCCAAUAUGCAGUCCCAUAUUGGCUGGAAGAGCAUGCCAAGCCUGUGGGCCUCUGCCCAGGACGUGUGGGACACUCGGGGCCGAAAGCUGUUCCUGAUCUACCGUGGAGGUUCUCUGGUCAUUCUAAGGUCCAGUGUGACAUGGGGCCUCACUACUGCUAUCCAUGACUUCCUGCAGAGGAGGUAUCAUUCCAGGAAAGAGCUGAAAGACUGA